AUCCAACACCCAUUGCAGGCCACCGACCAAAGUGGCCAAAGACAUGCCGAACAGCACUAUCCGCCACAUCCGGGUCUGCGGCUGAAGACAACCGAUCACUUCAGUGAGACGUCUCUCGAAGGCCUUGAGAUCUGAUGGGAUUGUAAACACAAUUUCAUUAUCACUUCAUUUCAAUGACACGCUUGACGUCAAUGUCUGCACUCUUCGGACAAUAAAUGGCAUUAUUUCGCACACUAUUGGUCAGAGCGAAGACAAGUGUUGUCCAUACCUUCCUGAGCGACAUCGCAAGACAUCAUUAUCACCACAAUUCACGCAAAACACUCAACAGUCAGACAAUCCUUCAGAUAAAGGGUUUGUUGUGUUUGAAAGAGAGGACGAAAAGCGACUCAAAAGGCGAUACAAUGGCUGACGAAGUGAUCGCUUCUCAAACGGCUGGCCCUCAAGAGGACACCAUUUUCGGCAAAAUACUCCGCAAAGAGAUCCCAACGAAGUUUAUAUAUGAAGACAAUCAGUGCGUUGCCUUUCAUGACAUCCAACCGACGGCUCCGACACAUUUCCUCGUGAUUCCCAGAAAAGCAAUCACUGGUUUGUCCACCGCUGAGGAAGCAGAUGAACAGAUUUUGGGUCACUUGUUGUUUGUGGCGUCAAAAGUGGCUAAAGAGCAGGGAUUACAAGACGGAUAUCGAGUUGUGAUUAACAAUGGAAAGAAUGGCUGUCAGUCUGUAUAUCACAUCCAUCUGCAUGUGAUCGGUGGCCGACAACUGGGUUGGCCUCCGGGUUAGGGUUAGGCCGCACUCCCGCCGAACGGCGCAAACAUAAAGACACGAAACACUUGUUCUCUUAAUAAUUCGUUGUCUUUAUUGAUAGUUAAAGAAUUAAUUAAUGAUAUAAUUGUAUUGAAUAUGAAAUGAAUAAAAAUUUUCAGAAUUUAUUUGUUAUAA